CGGUUCGCAGUGGUACAGCGGCGGCGGAGGAGCUGCGACUGGAUGUCAGAGGACCACGGGGAAAUACUGCAAUUAUCCCUGAGUGUCAUGAAAAUAUAGGACAACAUUUCUAUUGAAAUCACCAGGAUAAUCUGACGCACGGGGAGGGAGAAAACACCCUUCAGCCAAUUUUUUGGGAUUUGGAAUUAAUUUCAUAUUUCUGUCCAAAAGUAAGUAAAAGAUGCUGCCACAUUGUUCCCUCCUGCUGUUGCUAUGCGUGGCCCGGCUGCUCUCCCCCACCUCGACUCUGCCCUUUGAGCAGAGAGGCUUCUGGGAUUUUGCCAUGGACAGUAUGGACAGCGGCGGGAUGAUGACGAUGAUGAGGGAUGAGGAAGAAGGUUCAGCCGUAGAGGAGGUCCUCACCCCUGACAUGCCCAUGUGCCCCUUCGGCUGCCACUGUCAACUCAGGGUCGUCCAGUGUUCUGACCUCGGUCUGACUGAGGUGCCAAAGAAUAUUCCUCUCGACACCAAGUUCCUGGACCUGCAGAACAACCGUAUCACUGAGCUUAAAGAGAACGACUUCAAAGGCCUUACUAACUUAUAUGGUCUGUCUCUGAGGAAUAACCUUAUUUCCAAAGUCCACCCUAGAACAUUUGUCCCUCUGAAGCACAUGCAGAAGCUUUACUUCUCCAAAAACCUGCUGACCACUAUCCCUAAGAACUUACCUUCCUCUCUGGUUGAGAUGAGGAUCCAUGAGAACCACAUCAAGAAGGUGGCAGCUGGAGCCUUCACUGGACUGGGCAACAUGAACUGCAUAGAGAUGGGAGCAAACCCCAUCCAUAACAGUGGUUUUGAGCCUGGAGCCUUCAAGGGACUGAAACUGAAUUAUCUGCGUAUAUCAGAGGCCAAGCUGACUGGGGUGCCAAAAGAUCUCCCAGAGAGUCUCAAUGAGCUUCAUCUGGACCACAACCAGAUCCAGGCUAUUGAACUGGAGGACCUGAGCCGCUACAAAAACCUGUACAGGUUGGGCCUUGGCUUUAACCAUAUCCGGAACAUAGAGAACGGCAGUAUGUCCUACCUGCCCAGGCUGAGGGAGCUGCAUCUGGACAACAACCGCCUCACCCGUGUCCCCAAAGGCCUCCCAGAUAUGAAAUACCUACAGGUGGUGUACCUGCAUUCCAACAACAUCAGCCAGGUGGGUGUGGAUGACUUCUGCCCUCGAGGAUUUGGGAUGAAGAGGACAUUCUAUAACGGCAUCAGCCUGUUUGCUAACCCUGUCAAAUACUGGGAGGUGCAGCCUGCAACGUUCCGCUGUGUCAGCGACCGGCUUGCCAUUCAGUUUGGCAACUACAAAAAGUAAAGACAGGGUGUUGCUGAGAGAUGGAGAGAGUGAGGGGAAGGUGAUGGAGGAGGAGCAGAUAAUUUAAUUAAUGAAAAAACUUGAGAGAUAGAGGAAAGUGAAUUCAUAUUGCAGAAGAUUAUUUUUUAUUAUUAUUGAUGUUUUUUUGGAGAGAGGGUGAGUGAUGGAGAAAAUGGGCAAUAAACUGAUGAAAUAGAAGGAGAAGUCAAAAACACAAUAACACAACUUGAAGGGAGCGGAAAGCAAAGUGCUUGCAGUACUUCAUCUGAGUUUUCGAAUCUCUGAAUCUAAGGUUUUAGAGUUGUACCAUUUGAAAAGGAUGAAACAGAGGAGACUGUCUGAGAAGAAUGUUUUCCCCAGUCUGAAUCAAUGAAAAAUGAGUACUGAAAACUUGUGAAGCAUUUCAUUCCAUUUUUUUUUUACACAAUAGUGCUUAUUGUGAUAGAAGUCAUUUUUGUUUUAUUAACAUUUUGGUUAAGAUUACGAGUAAAAAAUAGAAACGCAAUGCUUUAUAGAUUUUUUUUUUAUAUAUAAAAAGGUGCUCUGUAUGACUUUCUGUGUGUGCUGAUUUGGGAGAUCCACCACAUUGUCCCUGUUUCACUGGUCUGAAGCCAUUUGGUCCCUCAACUCUGUGACUGAUGAUACUGUAUUAAUAAACAACUGGUCACAGAAUUGGGGCUAUUUCCACCACAGACAGACACAAAAACAAUUGCACAAAAAGCUGAAACUUCAGUUCAAGUGCAUCACCAGUUAAACAGCAUUUUUGUAUACGGUGGGAUGGGAACGGAAAGUGGUCUCAGACUUUUGACCCCACUGUAUAUCAUGGCAGUUGAUUGAUUAAAAGACCAACAGGUACAGUUUAAAAUUCCCCUCUUCAGAGCUAAACAUCUUUUCUUAUUUGCCUGAGGUUACUGAACCACCAGUGUGCCUGUGUAAGGAGCCUGUGCCUUUACUCAAUAUUAUACUGUCUUUGUCAUACUUUAAUACAGUAUUCCUAGAGGGGACACUGAGGUCGUGGGGGUUUCCCUCAGAUAGAGAAAACACACAUCUGCUUUGCUUUGAGACAAUGAAGGUAGUGUGUUCACAUAGUGCUACAAACAAUAGUAGUGUUGAUGCAUUGUUUUGCACAGUUUUUCUGUUAUGCUUUUAUCUGCUUCAGGGUUACCGGGGGGUUAGCCUAUUUACAUUGGAGGACCUAUGAGGAACUACUUUAGCCAUAAGUAUUCUGUCCUGUCUCUGUUCUGUAAUCUGACAAGCUACUGCUGCAUGUGAAUAAAAACAUUUUUUAGCCUGCUGCAUUAAGCCAGUGAACAACUGAUGCACCUGGGUUGGAUGCUGUGUGAGAAAUAAAGAGUAAAUAUCAAAAAUGGAAAAUAUUUGAUGAAUGAAUCUUACACUUUGUAAAGAUUUUAAAAAGCCUAAUCAGAGAAAAGCUUUACGCUUGAACACGAACAUGCGCAACACAGUCACGUUCCAUACAUUAUAGUACAACAGCUGAUUGUUUGGACAUUUGUGGGAUUCAAUCCUAGAAUGUACAAGAGUCAGAAACAGACAAAGAUGUUCAUGAUAAUUUGAUUCAGUGGACAGGAUUCAAAUUAAAAUUCAAAUUUACAGUAACGAUGGCCUGAAGUCAUGAAUUUUUCAUCAAUUUGAGCAUUUCAUAUGAUAUAUUUAAAGGGAAAAUAAAGUAAAAAUAGUCUUUUUCUCAAUUGUGGUCAAGAAGACAGUUUUUUUGUUAUCAAUGUACACGUACUUAAGCUGUAUUCAGCAGUGAAGAGCCUUU